AACUCAUUUUAAAACAUGCAAAAGGCCAUCAAGAACAAGAACAUCAAUUCAGUUGCUGCUGCUCAUGCUAUUGCCCAGGAAAGGAGGAGUCAGAGUGGUUUUAGCACUGUUCCAUCUCAGUCUUCACAUAUAAGAUCAACUUUUAAACCAGUAAUAGAUGGGUCCGUGCUUAAAAAUGAUGUGAAGCAGAGGUUGGCGAAGGAGCGCAGAGAAGAGAAGAAGAGACAACAAGAAGCUAAUAAGGAAACACAACUGCUUGAAAAAGAAAGAAAGUCCAGGAUCCAGUAUGAAAAACAGAUGGAAGAGAAGCAACGAAAACUGAAAGAACAAAAAGAAAAGGAUGAGCAGCGGAGAAUAUCCGCAGAAGAAAAAAGGAAACAAAAAUUACAGGAAGAAAGGGAGAGAUUCAAAGCUGUUCUCUAUCGGACAUUGGAACGGAGCAACCGUGUUGAUCAUCGUCAAAAAAGAUGGUCAUGGGAAGGCUCUACAGCCAUGAACCCAGAAACCAAAACUGCCAAUAAACGUUCUGUAUCUACUGAAAAACUUGAACAAGAGACUUCUGGUUUACACAAACAAAUGUCUAUGUCAUCUGGAGGUCCUCAAAAUUCUAUUGCCAAGAAAAAAAUAGAAAAGAAGAGAAGCUCGUCGUUGAAUAGAAGAUCUAACAAACUGCAGGCCCCUGUGGAAACUGUACAAAUAGAAGAAAGACCAACUGCUCGUCACCCAUAUACCAGUCUUCGGGAGAAUAAUUUAAUCACUCGCCUGCUUGUCCCUACAAAAGCAUCAAUAGCCAGGAGCAAAAGUGCUGCUUCCUUGUCAGUCCCUGGGAAAGAUACUCCAGGUACCCACAGUACUUUAAUACAGUGUAUGAACAUGCCCUUGCGUAGCCAUAGCAGUGACGAAUUGAAGAAUACCACCGUGCUCCGCAAGCCAGCAGUGGCAGGGCUUCCCCGGGAGGAGGUGGAAGCACUCCCCAAGGCGAACAUGGAAGCGGCCCCCCACGUGACUGUGGAGGCAACCCCCGAGGUGAGUGUGGAAGCGGCCCCCAAGGCGAGCGUGGAAGCGGCCCCCAAGGCGAGCGUCGAAGGGUCCACUGAAGGGAGUGCGGAAGCAUCACGUGAAGCAGGUACGGAAGCACUCCCUGAGAGCAUGGAAACGUCACCUGAAGUGAGCCUGGACGUGUCCCUCGAGGUGAGCGUGGACCCGUCGUCCCUUGAGGUGAGCGUGGACCCGUUGUCCCCCGAGGCAAGCGUGGACCCGUCCCCGGAGGUGAGCCUGGACUCGUCUCCUGAGGUGAGCAUGGAAGCGUCCCCUGAGGUGAGCAUGGAAGCGUCAUCUGAGGCCAGUGUGGAAGCGUCGCCUGAGGCUAGUGUGAAGGCACUCCCCAAAGAGAGUGUGGAAGCAUCCCCCAAGGCAUCCCCCGAGGUGGGCACGGGAACAUCUUCCAAGGUGAAAGUGAGAGACUCUCCACAGGUUUGUCAGAAAUCAGAAAUGGUCAAACAGGCCUCAAACUCUGCUACCAAGAAACGCCCAUCAUCGCACAUACCGUGUUAUAAAUGGCCAUCGUCUCCUGCAAGUGGGUGGCGUCCGCCUUCUCCCAUCAGCGUUAAGCAAAUGCAGAAGAAUCGCCCCCCAUCACCAUCACCCAUCAUGUCAAAACAGUCACAGUCUUCUCUUUCCUAUAAAAUAAUCCCUGUUCAACGUAGCCUGUUGACACAAAAUGCAUUAGGUGCUCUUGGAAAGAAAAGAGAAGGAGUGCCUAAAACUGCUAACAGCUCUGAGGCUGUGAGCCAAAAACAGAUGAUCUGUGAGGAGUCUGGUAAUAAAAGCACACCAGGGACUAUGAAUGCCAAGGAGGCAACAAAAAUUUUGGCAGAAAAACGACGGCUUGCUCGUGAACAAAGAGAAAAAGAAGAAAGAAUACAAAAGGAGAGGGAGCCAAGCAAAGUGAAGGACGUAGCAGAGAAAGCAGUAGAAGGCCAACAAGAAGAAUUCUCGAAAGUGGAAGAUGAGCAACAACAGAAGGAAAUAAAGAAGAAGGACUGUCCAGAUCCAGAAGACCAGAAAGUGCUACUGCAGAAAGGGGACGCCAAAAUAAAAGCUCAGGAGGAGGCUGACAAACGCAAGAAGGAACAGGAGAGAAUUAUGUUACAGAAUUUGCAGGAGAGAUUAGAGAGAAAAAAGAGAAUUGAGGAAAUUAUGAAGCGGACAAGAAAGACAGAUUCGAAUGCCUCAAAGGCUGCAGAACCAUUUGUGGAUACCACAUAUGAGGAGGACGAGGCGGACGACGAGGACGAGUCGGACAGUGACGACGGUUCCUUCGAUGACCUGCACCCAUCAGCCUUUAUAAAUGGCAUGGAUUCAUCCACAAAACUCAAAACACAUUUUAAAAACAUGAAGAAGAACAUUCCCAAGCUGGUGUUUUUAGACGCCACUUCUGGCCAAGUCUGUAGAGAGACAAAAACAUUUUUUAAUGGCGACAUGAAAAACUUCAGACAAAAAAGUGCGAAAGACCCCUUGGCUCAGGCGAGGGGUACCAGAUCGUCCACCCAAAGAAUGACCAGCCGAGCAGCAAAAACCAGAAAGAUAUGUAAACUUCACGCAGCCCAGAAGAGAAUUCAUCCUCUACUCUGGAUCUCAACUUCCAGACCCCCUAAUUUUUCUGCCUCUGACUUGAACCUCGCCACCAAAAUGACCAUCAAAAACAGGGAAAACAGACAGACACCUUAAUGUAUAUCUCAGAAGAUACAUGUUAUCAUCUUGACUCUUGUCAACAGCAAGGGUUCUGAGUAAAGAGUCAUUUUUGUUUUCCUGUAAAAACCGCCACUGUCUCGUUCUUGUUUUCCAGCCAGAGUGCAGGAGUGCACAGCAAGGGUGCCCUCGAAAGUGGUCACUCUGGAGCGUCUACACUGAGGAGAAUUUUCUGUCUUAAAAUACUGCUUAUUCUGUUUCAUGGUUACGUUACUUUAGCAGUUCAGAGUGGACGUUCACUCUUGUAGGGGCCGUGGUGGGUGUGCGAGGGGCUCAGGAUUGCUCACAAGAGCUUUGCGGGGUGGUUUCUAAUAAACAGGAGGUUGUGAAAUCUAGUUAAGUCACAUGUUACCAUUACGUAUGUGUUUUUAGCUCUGCCAUCACCCGAGAGCACAGGCCCUGGCACCCGCAAAUGCUCCGGGUUCUAGAAAGUGCUCUCAGUAGCACCUUCCGUGCUCAUCAGUGUUACCUUUUCUGAAGUGCACCUUGGGGGUUUAUUUCCAAAAACGGGCAGUGUUUUUAUUGUACCUAAAGUAGUGUCUGGCUGUUGUCUGGCGGCGCGUCGUUCCCCUAGUUGCUGGCAGCGUGUCUUCCUUUGGUCCUUGUGCCCGCCGGGCCUGCCCUUUGGUACACAGCCUUGGGCAGUGGGGCCAGAGCUGCUUGCCUUUCCCUCACCCCUGGCUGCAGGUGAGCACAGGAGCAGUGCCAUUCUUUGGUCCCCGUGAUAGAUAGGUGCACACACACACACCUACACACGUACACACUUGUGUACACAUUUGCGCACACAUGUUCGCAUGCACGCGCACACAGAAUAGGUUUCCUAAAAUCUGUCAGAAUCUGCUUAUACACGCCAUCGACUAAAACUUAAACGCACAAUCGUCCUACUGUUAAUGAGGUUUCUGGUGAAUCACAACGAGUUUCAGGCAGGCCCAUGUCCCUUUCUAGCCAGCAGCCCUGGAUUAGUAAAAGGAAGGAACCCUUUCUGGUUCCUUAGUUCUUGGCCGUUCAGAGUGCUGUACCGUUGUUACGGAUUCGAGCUUGGUGCCUUCGAUUUGAAAACUCUUUUUAUGCACUAGCUCUUUCGUAUAGAAGGCAAGGACAGUCACCCUGACAAAUGAGUUUCUGCUGUUUUUCUGCACAAAUGUCACAUGUUGGAACACUCUGUUAUACCCACAUCUAUAUGUGUGCUCUGUAAAAUAAACUUGGCAGAUAAA